AUGGGCACAGUGCCAACUGCCAGCGAGUCAGGGAACAGAAGACUGUUUGUGCUGGGAAGCUCCGUCCCUGAUGGAAGGUUCUCUUGUGGUGGUCAGUUUGCACUAGGUUUUGCAAACCGCUGUUCUGAAGGAAUCCAUCUCGGCACUGACCUAGGAGAGCUGCAAGCAAAGCCUGUGAAAGUGAUUGAUACCUACGUAGAAUCUCCAUCCCUGAUGAGCAUCACCAGGGAGCUGCUCUCCUUUGACAUUGGGGACCAGCCUGUCUUCGAGAUUCCUCUCAGCAACGUGUCACAGUGCACCACGGGCAAGAACGAGGUGACGCUAGAGUUCCACCAGAAUGAUGACGCGGAGGUCUCCCUCAUGGAGGUGCGCUUCUAUGUCCCGCCCACCCAGGAGGAUGGCGUGGACCCUGUCGAGGCCUUUGCCCAGAACGUGCUGUCAAAGGCAGACGUCAUCCAGGCCACUGGAGACGCCAUCUGCAUCUUCCGGGAGCUGCAGUGCCUGACGCCACGUGGUCGGUAUGACAUCCGCAUCUACCCCACCUUCCUGCACUUGCACGGCAAGACCUUCGACUACAAGAUCCCCUACACCACGGUGCUGCGCCUCUUCCUGCUGCCCCACAAGGACCAGCGCCAGAUGUUCUUCGUGAUCAGUCUGGACCCCCCAAUCAAGCAGGGCCAGACGCGGUACCACUUCCUCAUCCUACUCUUCUCCAAGGACGAGGACAUCUCCUUGACCCUCAACAUGAGCGAGGAAGAGGUGGAGAAGCGCUUCGAGGGGCUGCUCACCAAGAACAUGUCCGGGUCGCUCUAUGAGAUGGUCAGCCGGGUCAUGAAAGCGCUUGUGAACCGCAAGAUCACGGUGCCUGGCAAUUUCCAAGGGCACUCGGGGGCCCAAUGCAUCACCUGCUCCUACAAGGCCAGCUCGGGGCUGCUGUACCCGCUGGAGCGGAGCUUCAUCUAUGUCCACAAGCCGCCUGUGCACAUCCGCUUCGACGAGAUCUCCUUUGUCAACUUCGCCCGAGGCACCACCACCACCCGCUCCUUUGACUUUGAGAUUGAGACCAAGCAGGGCACGCAGUAUACCUUCAGCAGCAUUGAGAGGGAGGAGUAUGGAAAACUCUUCGAUUUUGUCAACGCGAAGAAGCUGAACAUCAAAAACCGAGGACUGAAAGAGGGCAUGAACCCGAGCUACGAUGAGUACGCCGACUCUGAUGAAGACCAGCACGAUGCCUACCUGGAGCGCAUGAAGGAAGAGGGCAAAAUCCGGGAAGAGAACGCCAACGACAGCAGCGAUGAGUCUGGCGAGGAGACGGAUGAGUCGUUCAACCCCGGGGAGGAGGAGGAAGACGUGGCUGAGGAGUUUGACAGCAACGCCUCGGCCAGCUCGUCCAGCAAUGAGGGUGACAGCGACCGGGAAGAGAAGAAAAGGAAACAGCUCAAAAGGGCCAAGACGGCCAAGGAUCGCAAGAGCCGCAAGAAGACUGCGGAGGCAAAGAAGGGCAAAGACCCCAACGCCCCCAAGAGGCCAAUGUCUGCAUACAUGCUGUGGCUCAACGCCAGCCGGGAGAUCAAGUCAGACCACCCCGGCAUCAGCAUCACGGACCUCUCCAAGAAGGCUGGCGAGAUCUGGAAGGGGAUGUCCAAGGAGAAGAAGGAGGAGUGGGACCGCAAGGCUGAGGACGCCAGGAGGGAGUACGAGAAAGCCAUGAAAGAGUAUGAAGGAGGCCGCGGCGAGUCUUCCAAGAGGGACAAGUCGAAGAAGAAGAAGAAAGUGAAAGCGAAGAUGGAGAAGAAAUCCACGCCCUCUCGGGGCUCCGCGUCCAAGUCGUCGUCCAGGCAGCUGAGUGAGAGCUUCAAGAGCAAGGAGUUCGUGUCCAGUGACGAGAGUUCUUCGGGAGAGAACAAGAGCAAGAAGAAGCGGCGGAGGAAUUUGCAUAAGCACAAGGCCCUGAUGAUUCCUACACAGAGGAAUAGCUGGUCAUCUGAUAGUCUGUACCCUCGUAAUUGGCACCACAAACUUGCAGUUUAA